GGAUGGGAUUCGGAAGAGCAGUUGCUGUUAUGCGGCUUCGCAAGGAUGAUGGAACAGAGUUUUGUGUUUAACCCGCAUCAUUAUCAAAACAAUCUCAAACGGUUUACUGAACGUGAUUUGGAACUAUUGAAACAGAUGCCGUCUGACACAUCGCCGUCGUUAACGCGUGAAAAGUAG